GAAGCUCGCCGCUGGUCGACAGCAGCAGUGAAUAGCAAUGGAAAGCAACAGCGGACACUAGCUGGCAUUUUGCCUCGAAAAGCCCUUGCAUGAAUGUAUUUGAGAAGCCAGUCUGUGCUGAGAUGAAGAGCUGAAUGUCCUGCCAGCGACGGUGAAAAUGACACCGAGAUGACUCACCAGUGGCUUGGACAUCUAUGAUUUGACAGAAGAUGAGGCUUGCUCAGUUUGUCAGACUUGUCAUCGCUUGUAAUGAUCGCUACUGUAGGCACGUAAACCACACUGACAUGGAUGACAAACUAUUGUGAAUCAUGCUGUUGCUUUUUGCACAUCGCACUCACUAAAAAAAACAACGACAGAAAUUAUCAUUUAGUUUGUUUUGAAUGGCUUUCAGUUAAUAAUCAGUGCUGACGAUGUCACUGGGUGAGCAGUCUCAAAAGUGGUUUCCAACCCAUGUCCAAGCCACUGUCCUUCAAGCAACCGGUUUACAGCCCAAAGGCAAACAUGGCACCAAUGAUGCCUACACCAUCAUCCAGCUGGGCAAAGAGAAGUACUCUACGUCGGUGGCCGAGAAGACGCUUAACCCUGUCUGGAGAGAAGAAGCCUCCUUUGAAUUACCCGGUUUACUUCUGGAGGGUAACCCUGAAGUGUAUGAACUCUGCUUCAUAGUAAUGCAUCGGUCCUUGGUCGGGAUGGACAAGUUCCUGGGUCAGAGGUCCAUCAACCUUAACGAAAUAUUUGAUAAUAAGGAGCGAAAGAAAACUGACUGGUAUACUUUGGAGUCCAAGCCGGGGAAGAAGAGGAAAGAACGAGGCCGCGUCCAAGUCAGCAUCCAGUUCAUGAGGAACAACAUGACAGCUAGCAUGUUCGACCUGUCCAUGAAGGAAAAGCCGCGCUCGCCUUUCUCUAAACUGAAGGACAAGAUGAAGGGUCGCAAACACGACAGCGGCUACGGCGACACGUCUUCAGCCAUCCUGCCUCGCUCCGCCAUGUGCGACUCGGAACCCAGCCGUCAGUCGUUCGCCCCGGAACCGCAGCCCCAGCCCGAAGCCAAGGUGAAGAGGCCGCUACUCGCCGGGGCCCACAAGCUCUCCGCAGCCCAUUCCAUGUCGGACCUCAUCGGGACCCACUUCCGCGCCAAACUGGACUCCAUGAACUCCAUAGAAGAGAGCGGCGGCCCUCACAGGCGUUCCCAGAGCGAGGUGCCAGGCUACCAGGACGGCGAGGCACACAGUGACCCUUUUACUGAUAUCAGUGACGCCCUGCCACAGAAGUAUGCCACGCUCCCACGCAACCGCAACCCAUUUGAGGGGGAGCACGGGCAGCUGUGGGACCGGGCGGAGCGGAAAGAGAAAAAGGAGAAGGUCAGCCUACUGGAACGCGUGACGGGAAAGAAGGAAGGACGCAAGACCAGCAACGGGGGGCGUUCGGGUAGCUCCGGAGACUUGCGUUCCCCGAACCCCUUCAGCAGUGACUCGCAAGCAGACACUAACCCGUUCAUCUCCAACUACAAAGCCAGUGAUAAAAAAACAACAGGAAAUGAAGACCUCACCUUUGGCCAAAGGAAGAAAGACAACGGCAAGAAAAAAGAGGCGACACAGGAAAGCGUGGCAGCCUAUAGAAACUUGUCCUUUGAAGAAGUUGUGCAGGAACUCAUCAAGCAGAAAGAAGUGGUGAAAAAGAAAGACGCCCACAUCAGGGAGCUGGAAGACUACAUCGAUAACCUGCUCGUGCGCGUCAUGGAGGAGACCCCGAGCAUACUACGGACACCCUAUGAGCCAAAAAAGAAGGCAGGUAAACUUAAUAAAAAAUAGGAGGCAGCGACCCCGAGGAUGAAGGUUACUAGUAAGGGGUGUAGCAGUAGCUCAUCUAUCAGUAUCUUAUGAUAAAAAUAAGUGGGAACAAAUGGGAUUGAUCAAAGCCAAAUUUAUGAUUGAGUUAUUUCUUUACCGUAGAACAUUUUUAUUCAACGGAUGUAGUUUUUAUAGACAUUUUUUUAAAUGUUUGAGUUCUUUUUAGUUGCAGUUCUUUGGCCUCUCAUUUGAAAUCUCAUUCCUAUAUUUCAUUAUUUAAUUGUAUUUAAAUUACAUUCUUUAUAAAUGUUGCGGUGAAUUUUUUUUAGGUACUCAAACAGGAUGAGAGAAACUCAUUAGUUCAAAUCAAAUCAGUAUUUUUCUCAAAGAUUAGGUUUAUGUAUAUCGUAUGCACUUGUGAACCCACAGAGGACUGUUGCACAGACAGCUGCCAUAAUCUGCCCAGAAGCUCUUAAGGUGCAAAUGCAGCCAAAUUCAUGUUUAAAAAGCAUUUGUGUGCCGUCUGCUAAAAGGUGGUCAAGGGGGGGGCUGAAGAAAUAAAACUCUAAUUAUCGGUGUUUACACUCAAGCACAAGUCUUAAACUUGCCACAUAAACCACGGUACACAUUUAGCUGGGCAGUAACGGCUUCGUCCUGAGCUUCUUCCUCAGCUGAGGAUGAUGGAGAUGAACUCUGCUCACACACACAGCAGCUUGAGUGGUUCAGAUAUUCUUAGAAAGGCUGGAACAACAUAACGCUAAAAAAGUUGAUGGACAGAGUCUACUUUCUCUUUAACAUACCGAAUCAUGCAUUAUCAAAAAACAAAAAAAGAACAAACUUAACAUGCCUGUUAUCAGUUACUGGCUUUUAUUUUCCUUUCAUUUAAUUGUGAAGACUAUCAUUUAAGUUUUUUGGACCGAGGGUCUCGCUGGGGGUGAUCAUUUUACUGACUUUAAGUGCAAUAAUCAUAACUUUAUUUUCUGCUGGUGAUGUUCUUGUUUACAUUUAAUCACAUCUCUGAGUUACACUCAUGUCUUAAUGUUGAUUUGAUUGAUUUUAGUUUGGAGUUCUUUGUUACAGCCUUCAUCUCUUUCAGAUACACUUUUGGCUGAUGAUUGUAUUAAUGGUACCUAGCUGCACACGUGGAUAUAUGCUGAACAGUCUUUAUUUAUAAAUGUCUCACAACUCUUUUACAUAUUAAUAAUGUUUUAAUGUGUUUCAAUGGUACUCUAAUGUUAAAACGCUACUGUAUCCCAAUGACCCCCUUCCCCAACACCUGUUCUACUGUAUUAACACUGUACAGUUGGUACAAAUCACCAAUAUUCAUCUAUUAAGGACUAAUACUGACACAGAUUUACAUGUAAUUUACAUAGUCAUUAAUAUGUUUACUUUAAAUGAAGCAUAUUCUAAAAGGUACUGCGCUUCGUUAUAUUUUACAACUUUUUUUCUUUUUGUAGCAGCAAAACAAUCAAAUUCACUACAAGUUCAGUGAACACUAAUGAGAAUCACUUCAUAAAUGUUCAUGGUAAACAGCCAAUCGGUGUCAUUUAGGUGACAAAUAUGUUUUUGACAGCAUAUGUCAGAGGCUAACUAUCCUCAUUUCACUGUUUAAUGUCAUCUCAAAUGUCGCCUCAAUCUGCGACGCCAAUGUCAUAACAACAUAUGUUGUUUCAACGCUAAAUGUUUAUUCUGUUGUUUUAUCAAUUUCCACCGAACAAAUGCUGAGUGAGCUGCAGGGCAGCUGCUGGAUCACACUGCUGGUACUAAAAUUAACUAUAAUGGCCAAUUUACAGGUUUUACUUUGAGAAAGAGGCCAAGUUUGAUCACCUAUACCUGUGCUUGUGCUCGAUGUUUAACAAUAGUUAAGUCACUCACUGAUGUAUAGGUUUACACUUUAAACUGUUUAUUCCUUUUGAUGGAAAGCAGCUUCAUGUACAGUGUUAGAUCAUGCUUUGUAUUCACAUUGUCUAAUAUCUCCAAAGUUGCACACCGAGUUUAUUUAUAUAUCAAUACUCUUUAUCAAAUGAUAUCGACCACCUUGUCUUGAUGCUGGUUUAUUUCUGGUGUUUAUAUCUCUUUUGUAAUUACUUUCCAGUCGUAAGUCUUCAAAACAUUUGACCUUUACACUGUAUGAUACCAAAUCACAGCUGAGGUGAAGUGCUACACUGCAUCUGUGGAAUGUCAACAAUCAAAAACACUUGUGAAAUCUUCAUGAAUGUCGCCCACUCAGAAACAUUUUUUUUUCAUGUACUAAUUAUUUAAUUUCUGCUGCUGUAAAAGUAGUUAUUUCAUCUGAAGGUAUGUGAUUUUUUUUUUUUUUUUUUUGGACUUGAUGCCAAAAUCUCCUGUUACUGAAUGUAUUUAGUUUGGCUUUGAAAUACUGAAUUCUGAAAUGUAUAAUGAUAUACACUGACAAGGCCAUUGAACCUCGCUUGCCUUUUAAAGUAUUUGGUAUAUCCAAAGAGAUCAUUUCAUUUGGAUGUUUUCUUUUUUAAUCUCCCUUCUGUUUAGUCGGACGCAACUCAGACGUGAUUAUGGACACGCAGCUGUUGUUUGUAUAUACUGUUUUGUGCGCUGAUGUGACACAGAUGUUGAGGUGAAUUGAAUUUGUGUUGAAAACAAAGUCUGAUCUCCAUAUAUUUUGGGAAAAGCCAAAAAAAGAUGGACUUUUUAAGAGUCACGAGUAUUAUGUGAUAAUAAUUAGGAAGAUAUGUGGAUAAAGAAUCUGUUUUCCAUUAUGGAAAAGCUUCUCACUUAUUGCCUUCCUUCAUGUGUUGAAGUGUAAACUCUGUCUCUGUCUGCUCAUGUUACAGGCUUUACCAACCGCUUUAACUAGUCUUUAUUGGUAGUUGGCCAGUUUUCAUGGACCUUGACACGCUCGUAAUGCUUCCACUGUACAUACUGUAUACAGCAGUCACUUUGUAAUAUCGCUACGACUCUUUGACUUUUUUGCACAUUUUCUUGUGCUCCAAAAUGUUUUGAAAAUGUGUUCGCUGGUGAUUUAUUCUGUCCAAGCUUCAGUAAAAAUUGGAAGAAAAUUCCACAAGUGGAAAUAAAACAGCAAGAGUAAAGGGAAUGAUUCGCCACUCCUCAUCUUUUAUUUGAGCUCGACUGACAGCGACAAACAAUGAUUAAAAAGCAACACUCAAGCUUCUUUUAAGCUUGUUUUACUACUCAGGCUUUUUUUUAAUAGUUAUAGAUUAUUUCUCUACAAGCAAAGCAAAUCCAUAGAUUCCUACUGGAGAAAUUUGAGUGUGUAAAUCACAUUGUACUUGAGUAUAAAACAGAUGAUUAACACUCAUGUCCACAAUGCACGCUGUGGACCAACAGGACACAGCAUCUGCUUUGCUCAAAUGAUGAAUAACAACAUAAGAUAAGGCCUGAGAAACAUUAAAUGUCAAACACAUUUGGAACGGGAGGUUAUUCAGUUCAAAUAAAAAAUGAUGGGUGAGUAAUUCAAAUUAAUUAAUUUUGCCUGUCAUUUUUUUUAUUUUAGCUUGAUUGCUACAUUUGCUUUAUGCCAUAAUAUAAUUUGGUGCUUUGGCGGAUGUCAGACUCGAACACAUAAAUCUAAAUGAAAAGCAUUUUCAAAUCAUUUUCCAGCACAACAGUGUUAAAGGGGUACAUUGCUACAACAACAACAACAACAAAAAAAUUGUACUUCUUCCUUGCCUCUUUGCAUAAUAUUUGUCAUCCAAUUAAUGUCAGUUUUGAAUAUGCAAAGCACUCAAAAUGCUUGGAGGUAAGAUUUCCUAUACAUUUUGGUCAUUGAGUUGAUACAGAUUGUUUCGCACAUGUGUAAAAGUCUGUUUUAAGAGGUGGAGGUGAUUGUCCGGCCCAUUCUGUAAAACAGUACAAACACAUGUGUUUUCCCCCCAUGUUGACGAAGCAUGCAUUAAACCUUUUGAUGAAGAUGACAUAAAGCUCGAGUCGGAUCUCACAAUCCUCCUCUGGCAGUCUUUUUAAGUCUUCUACUGAUAAUAUGAUGCUGCUUGCCAUAGGCCACAUACAGCUGCCAGACACUAAGACUUAAGCUGCAGCUAAAUCCCCUGACGGUGCUUGUAAUGUGGCACACAGUUUUUUGAAGGAAAUGAUGACUGUGUUUAUAAAAGAUCUCGGCAGUUAUCAAAGCGUCAUUGAGUUUACAGAAUUCUACGAAGCCCAGCGCACACAGGCCAACGCAAUUAUACAUAGCAUGAGUUGAGUUUAGUGCCCCGACAUGGCGGACACCUAAAAUGACAUUUUCAUACUAAUGUUUGGCAGAGAGACUGACGGUCUACUCCUGGAGGUAAUAAAGGUGUCUUGGAGCUCCCGUUUUAUUCAGACACAUGCCUUGUAAUGUAAUAACAAAACACUAAAUGGGUGCAUUUGGAUCUUAUCAUUUCUGCAUGUCAAUCACAUUUUGAUUAGGUACAAUUUUUAUAUUGUUACCUAAUCAUAAUGCAUAUUUCUCAUCAGGUUCAUGUUCAUCAGCCUUUAUAACACGACCUUAUUGUAAUGUAUUCAACUCACAAUCUGUACAGUGUGUAAAUUGAUUAACAAGUGUACCUUUCUGAGAGGUGGAAGGUAAAUUAGUUUUUCCCUUUUUUAAUAUAUUUCCCCAUAAUGGCCGAUAUGCAAGACUUUUAAACCUGGAUGUUCGGGGACUAGAAUGUAUGGCUUUUUAUUAUUGUAGCUCUGUAAACACAUUGGGGUUGAACCGGUGCGCGUAUGUAUAAUGGCAACAGUGUAAUGCUGUUAACGGUGACUGUAUGUAAAGUGCCAACAAAAGCACUAAUUCAUAAGAAUUUGAUGCAUUACUUAAUGAUGACCCAUGCUACAUGUGAUAUUCUGUACAGUUUUUUUUUCUCCACAGUUUGAAAACAUGAACUUUUAGAUUACAUCACCACCAUCAUUAUAAUCAAAUUCAAACGUUCCACUGGAUGUAGUUCGAAAGGCACAAGCAAGAUUGUGUUGUCC